AUGGAACUGCCACCUGGAAUUGACCAGCCUCUAAAGCUUCUGUUUUACAAUUCGCUGUUGAUUACCACCAUAGUGCUGGGAAAGAUUUUGAAGAAGCUUGGGAUCUGCAGUGAUUUAAGCUUAUUGCGCCUUGUAGUGGACGGAAUACCACCAUGUAGAGAUUCAAAUCUUCUUAUCAAAGACCUCACAGUAGAUGAGGUACCACUGAGGAUUUAUCAGCCCAAGUGGCCACCUGCUGGCAAAAGAAGGGGAAUACUGUAUUUCCAUGGAGGAGCUGGCACAUUCGGGAGCAUCAGAUCCUUUGAAAGAAUAUGUCGCUACAUCGCCAAGAAAUGCGACUCGGUGGUUGUGUCUGUUGGCUAUCGCUUGGGUCCUGAACACCCAUAUCCUGGGCAAUACUCUGAUUGUCUCAACGCUACUUUAUACUUUAUGAGGAAUCUAGACGAGUAUCACGUGGAUCCUGCUCUCAUCAUCAUUGGUGGUGACAGCUGUGGAGCUAAUUUUGCUACGGUUAUUUGCCAAAUAUUGGUGAAUACAAGACAUCUCCCAAAAGUCCGUGCACAGAUGUUACUGUAUCCUGGACUACAGGGGCUAGAUUUUCAAUUGCCUUCCUAUCAGCAGAAUGCUUCAGUCCCCAUAUUGUCUCGGAAGCUAGUCAUCUACUUCUGUUUUCGUUACCUUAAUAAAAAACCAUCACAUUUGGAAGAUAUCAUACAAAACUGCCACGUUCCUGAGAGUAUGAAAAGGAAAUACAAAAAAUGGAUAAGUGCUGACAAUAUUCCCGAUGACUUUAAGAUUAGAGGCUACAAACCUCAGAAGCACACUUCAUUUAAACCUGAAGCCCAUGAAGCAAUCAAAGAGGUGUUAAAAAUGACAUUUUCCCCCCUUUUAGCUGAAGAUGCCAUUGUUUGCCAGCUCCCCGAAUCCUACAUUGUGACCUGUGAGUUUGAUGUGCUUAGAGAUGAUGGGCUGCUAUACAAGAAGCGAUUGGAAGACAAUGGCGUUCGAGUAACCUGGUAUCACUCCGAGAAUGGUUUCCAUGGCAUUUUAGCCUUUUUUGGCUAUGGGAUUUUUUCCUUUUUAUCUGGAAAAAAGAUAUUGGAUAAUACUGUGAAUUAUAUAAACAGUCUAUAAAAGUAUUUUUCAGAAAAAUGAUGCAGGCCUUACAUUAUCCUUGGUGAACUUAUGCUAGGCAAAGAAUGCAAACACAUUUGAUUUAUGUUUUCUAUUUUGACUGUAUGAGGAAUCUAAUUUUGCACCAAAAAUUCUAAGGUUUUUAUUUAAGGCACCACCGUUCUAGAAAAUACUAUAAUAAAAACACACCAAUGAGAUCGAGCACCUGGCAUUGUUUUACUUCAUCUCCAGCCACUCUAGUAGCUCUGUACAGCUGGCACAUAGUCAAGGCAAAUGACAUAGGAUCACAGAUUAAGAUUGGAAAAGGCCUCUAAUAUCAUUCAGUCCAACCACCCUCCUACUAUCAAUACUGCCCACUAAGCCGUCUCUUCCUGAAGUCUUCUCUACAGCCCAGAAAUGCUGAAGACAACAACUGGAGGUCACUUUGGCCCUGGUUAAAAUUAGGAAAUGUUUAUGGACCCUACAUUGUAGGUUCAGUGAAAUCUUGUGUCAGCUGUGCAUAUUGAUAUAGCUAUGCAUUCUAACUUCUAGGGUUAGCUUGCACAAAGACUACACUUUUCUUGAAAUAAAGACUUCUCUCUGGAACUGAAGUUCUCCAUUGGAAUUAGUAUGAGCUCAGUUUUGUUUGGAAUCCCAGAAAUGAUGUUUUGCUUUGGGAUUUGAUUCUUUAACUGGAACCCCUGCACUUCAGUGAAUGCUCCACCUGUUAUUCUCUUUUUCUCUAUAAAGUUCUAAAAAGCACAUUUGUAAGAAGGUAGAGAAGUGGGACACUGCAUUAUCUUAUCAAGAAGCUGUAAUAUCAUGGCAAUGUUGUGAUGCUUUCAGCAACAGCAACAACAAUAAAA